AUGGACAACCUCGAAAAGAUCAUCGGCCUCGCAACCGACCCAAUCCUAACUCCCUCUCAAGCCUCCCUCCUCUCCGCCCUUCAUACCGCCCUCUACGUUGGCAUUCUCUACAUCCACCCCCGCUCGCGUCCAACCCCGACCCUCUCAAAAGACUCUCCACAAAUCAUCAAACUCCGCGCACUUUCCGUUACAGUUGCAUGUCUGAUUUCCACCUCCUUGACCGCGAUAUACGCGAAGAGCCGGUAUGAGGAUCUUUGGCAUGGCGGACUCCGUGUUCUUGGGUUUGGUGAGGGCACGUGUGGGGAUGUCAACCGUGCGCUGGGAUUAGUUUGUGUAUUGUAUAUCGGACCGCUCGUUAAGUGGUUGAUCUGGGAGAACGGAUUGCGGUUCUUUCCCGGGAACGUCAAGGAGAAUCUUACCUCCUGGAUUGGAUGGAGAAACUACAUCAUCGGUCCUUUCACCGAAGAACUUGUCUUCCGCGCUUGUGUUAUCCCCCUCCAUCUCCUCGCCCACGAAUCCCGCACAAAGAUCAUCUUCUAUACCCCCCUCUUCUUCGGCCUCGCCCACAUCCACCACUUCUACGAAUUCCGCCUCACGCACUCAGAGGUGCUCCUCUCUGUCGCCUUGUUUAGGACGUUGUUCCAGUUCACGUACACGACCUUGUUUGGGUGGUUUGCGAGUUUCGUGUGGUUGAGGACGGGGAGUACGUGGGCUUGUGUUGCAGUGCAUACGUUGUGUAAUGUUAUGGGGUUGCCGGAGACUGGAAGUGAGUUGAGGGGGUGGAAGAAGUAUGCGUAUAGAGCGGCGUUGGUUGGUGGGAUGGUUGGGUUUGGCAUGCUUCUCGGUCCUUGGACCAAUGGGAACCGGUAUGAACUAUAG